AAAAUAGCACGCUAUAUUUGCAGUUCAGCAUCCGAUAAUCUGUAACAUUAGCUGUGUGAAGCCGAAUAUCUCCACUGGGCAACUGCUACUGUAUUUUUUUAACGUCAUGUAUGUCGGCCGAUGUAGAGGGAAGUGUUUCACAAAAUGUACUGACAGGAUAGUAGCGUUAAAAGCAGUUUUAUUUUAUUAAAUCAUUAUAAGGUGGCCAGAGGGAAUAUACAGAUGUCAAAGAUAUCGAGAUUUGAAUAAUAUUUACGGGAUUUUACGUUUAGAGGACCGUUUAUGUGAAGUGGCUUAUGCUAGAAAUAUCAACAGCAAUUCAAGUGCUCAUGGAAAGAUAUUAACUUAUAAAGAGACACUUGUUUGUAAUAAAAGUGCUAUUGAUAAAACUUCGUAAAUGGAUACCUUAAAAUCAUACUUCAAUAAAAUGAAGAUACUCCCAGGGCAUGGAAAUAAAUCAUGGACAUUUCGACGAAAAGGAAGUUUAGGAAAACAAGGAAAAGGAAAGAAGUACACUCGCAGCAAGUCACAGAAUGAUGCACAAUUUGAAUCCCAGCACAACUCAAACUCAACAUCAGAAGACAAAGAAAACACACUUUAUUCCAAAACAGGAACCCUUCUGGCCAGGGACGGCACAAAUCGAGAAACCAUUCGGUCCCCACCAGCUAAACCACCGAGAAAAGAUCAUAUUUUCAUAGUGGAUUUUCAUAUUGGUACAAAAGACAAUUUUGGUCUGGUUGUUGGUAAUGUGACUGACAAUCUGCAAGGCAUUGAUCACCUUGACAAUAUGUCUAGAGAUGAUCUCAAUGAUUCCUUUGACGAAAUGGCGUACAGAACUAUAUCUCCAAUCAAAGUUGUGGCAAUCACCGAGGGAAGCCUCGUAUACCGUGAAGGGCAGAUACAGGUUCAUGAUGAAAUCAUGGAGGUCAAUGGACGGCCAGUUCAAGGGGAGACAAUACAGGCUAUAAGAAAAAUUAUUGAAAACAAAGUAAAAGAGGGCUACAUUGUACUAAAAAUGAGACGGAAACGAAAGCGGGCUGUACCACAUCCACCAUCUCUUAGCAACAGCAUUCAACAAUAUGGAUCACACUCGAGUUCAAACCUGAUGGAGUCAUCUGUUCGUGUGGAACUAGCUCGUCAAACCCACUUUGCACAAUCUGCUUCGUGUCUUGAAUCAGACUCAAUAAGUCUCACAAAUUCUCUGCGCCACAAUUCAGUGAACAGUUUGACAGUGUCAAACGAUGACGUUUUUAUUGAAACGGCAUCAGACGUCAAUUAUCUCCAUAGUAACGGCAGGUACUGCAAUAAUGUCAACAAAAAUACUGAACACGUGAAUCACAAGAAAUCUGCUAAUAAGCUCGGCAUUUUUGGAAUGAGUAAAUUUCGAACCCAUAGUGCAUCGGCAGUGGAGGACAUCCAGAAAACAACCACCAAUCACCGCACUAUGGAUUAUGCCAACACCACGCAGUUAGCAAAACAAUACAACUAUGGCAGCAGUGUACACAAUUCAGGUGCAAAUGAUUUGGAUGCAGAGCUGGAUCGUUACCAGUCUGACACGGAGGUCCAGCUUUGUGAAAGAUUGUAUCGUCAACGAAAGUCAUCCAAAAGUUCUGACCUUUUCAGACAAAGGAACAAUGCCACCCCUACAAGCCUUUGUAGUUUUGAUGGCUCUGAAUUUGAAUAUACGAGCUGCCAAUCAACACCAACAUUUGGAAAGAAGAGAAUCAUCACCAAGUUGCACAUAAUGAAGGAGAACAACAGCCUGGGCCUACAUGUGGCGGGUGGGAAGGGCUCAAAGCGAGGAGACAUUGGCAUUUUUGUCGCUGGCAUUUCUGAGAACGGGCCUGCACAAAGAGACGGAAGACUGAAACGAGGUGAUGAAUUGCUGAUGAUAAAUGGGAGGAGUUUAAUAGGAGCCACUCAUCAUGAGGCAGUGGAAAUGCUGCGUAACGCACCCAAACUUGUUCAGCUUGUCAUAGCAACAAAGUUACGCAAAUCUUCAUUGGCGUCAGUUGCUUCAUCCACCUUGGCCUCUCCUACAGUGCUGGACAUCGGUUCCCAGUCAAUCCCAGAAGUGUUGGCACAGACUCCACAGGGAACCAUCUUAGACUGGGAUGAACUUUUUGAUAAAUUCAAGACGCCUUCUGAGGAGAAACCACCCAUAUGUCCAGCACCCACUAAUGGCAAGUACCGGAAAAGAUUUGCCCGAAGUCCGUCCCCUAGCGCGUCAGUUCCCAUGAUGAUUUGCGUGAACAAGGGUAAAGGUGGGAAAGGACUGGGUUUCACGAUUGUCGGAGGAAGCGACACAACAAUAGGGCAUCUUGGUAUACUCGUUCGAAGAAUAUUUCCAAACGGGCUUAUAGCAUCUGAUGGAAGAAUGAAGGAAGGUGAUGAAAUCCUGGAGUUGAACAAUGAGCCCCUGGCUGGUCUCACCCACAAAGAGGUGCUGCGCAGGUUCAGGCAUCUCAAGAAAGGACCAGUACAACUCACAUUCCGGAAAAGACUAAGGUCUCCACACUGCAGCCCUGGUCGCUCGCCCUACCUCACCCCGUCUGUCUCGUGUGAUGGCAGUCCUGUAUCUACACCGAACCACUCACCUCACUGCAGCAUGACCAAUCUUCAUGACCUUGACACAGAUUUCUACAAGAGGUCAAACAGAGGUCAUGACCUGUCCCUGGACUCGUUCAGUGACCUUGACUCCAUAGGGUCCGGUAUGGUGCAGGAGCAUCGCCCGACGUUUUCUGUGCCGAUCAAUAUCCCGAAAUCAUCAUCUUCAAAUGGAACAUUGGCUGAACGGUUGAGUCCUGACCGGAGACCCAGUGUGCAAUAUGAGAUACAGUUAAUAAAAGAUGAAGGUGAAGGCCUUGGUCUCUCUGUGAUCAGGAAGACGUAUGAUGAGAACAGCGAGAUUCUCGUGAAAGAUGUGGCACACGGGUCUCCAGCCCACAGAGAUGGGCGACUACGGAAAGGGGACCUAAUUCUGUCAGUGAAUGGCCGCUUGUUGACCAAUAUGACCCUUCUGGAUGCCUACCAGCUGUUUAGGGGCCUGACUCCUGGUGCUGUAGAUAUCAUCAUUUGUAGGCUCAAAGCACAGAAUAAUCCAAAUGGAAUUCCACCAGAUUACCUCCCUUAUCAAGACUCGGAUAGUGACCUUCCUUUGGAAGAGCUUCAUGAUGCAUCAUGGGAAGACUGUAUGUCUGAUCAUUCGACCAGUGUUCACAGUGAUUCUGGGAACGUUGAGCAUAUGUGCCAAAAAGAGUUUCUAAGAAAAAGGUUGUCAACAGUGGCUGAAGAAAGCAAACUCGAACAAAAAUCAAGUAUUAAUAAUUUCAUAAAACCUGAAGGAGUUACUGAGGAGAAUGAAGAUGAAACAAUUAUAAGGAACUCAAACCUGGGAAACAAGUACCAGCUUCUUGGACUAGACUUGGGCAAGUACCUGAUUGGCAGUAGUCUGCAGGGGGCCAGUAGUCUGCAGGGAGCCAGUAGUCUGCAGGGAGCCAGCAACAUGGAGAGUGAUGCUGGCGGUACAGAAUCAGAUGUAUCAGACUGGGAUUCGGCGUAUGCUGGUCUGACGUCUGAGAACAGCGAGGAUUCUGAUGAAUAUGGCAUUUACUAUGGGGAUCCUCUGACUGACAACUCGGUGGAGUACCAAAAUCACCGCCAUGUUGUUUCUGGGUAUGCAGGCUAUUCUAUGCAGAGAAGAGCAUCCCUUGGCGAUAGUACGUACAAUGGGGCAGGGUCGUUGUAUCCUAUACACGAGCACGAACCAGGGACAGGGGAGAUAUCUGAAGAUGAUGAUGACGACCAAAGGUCAGAGGAAGCAGACGACACCGUUGGGUCAAAUAGCCCAGUGUAUGGACGUUACCAAAAACUGGGAGUAAGUGGGCAUAUCAGUUCUCUUGAUGCGAUUGAGAAUGUGGUAUUGCAUCGACUGCCAGGUGAAAACCUCGGUAUGAUAUUAGGUAUUGAGGAUGGGAAAAAUGGCAAGGUGUCCUGUGUGGCUGUGAAAAGUGUGACACUAGGGGGAGCUGCAUACAGAGCGACGGGAAGUAGCAAAGGUAUCUGUAUUGGCGAUCAGAUUAUCACAGUUAAUGGGAUGGAUUUAAGAAAAUUGACAAAUGAUGAGUGCAUUCAAGUAUUCAAAGACAUGCCAUUGCGAGUGAUGUUGGGAAUAAGACGAGGACAAAAAGACCUACCAGCAGUUUCCAUAUCCCCGGCCCCAAUGCCUGAUAAUCAGCACAUGGGACAUAGAGGGCCCAACAUGAAUAAAUCCGAUAGAUCAAAACAAGUGCAUAUUACAAAAAAGCCGGACUUAUCUGACAGUGAAGAUGAUGGCUUUGGAGGUUUUGCAGUUUACCAAGUGCUUAUUGAAAAAGAUCCGGAUGAAAACCUUGGCAUAAGCAUUGUGCCGAGUUAUGGGUCAACAAGAGACUAUUAUCAGGUCAAAAGAAUACUUCCAAGUGGAGCUGCAGCACGGAGUGGCAAACUAGACGUGGGUGAUCGCCUUAUCACCUGCAACGGUACCAGUCUUCAAGGCCUUACUCAGACACAUUGCCUUGACAUUAUCAAGUCCGCCAGUUCCUACGGUGACAUUCACUUUGAAGUGAUCAGGCCAGUGUAUCAUGGGAAUUCAAUGCAGAUAUCUGUGACUGUGAACAGUGGAGUUAACAACGCAAAUUCACAAACAAAGAAUAUCGCGACCUCAUUUGAUCCGUCUCAGUUCAGUCUCAAGUCUCAAAGUUACGAUAGACAAGGGAUUGAUGUUGUUGUGACAAGUGAGAGUGAGGAUUAUCUGACAGUAAGCGAGGAUGAAUAUUCUCGGUCAGGGCGUUUAGCAAACAUUUCAGAAGUUGAAGCAAAUGAAGUGUUUGUGACCAACAGUGUUCGCCUUGCUUUCCAAAAGGACACGAUAGAGCAGGAGUCUUCAGAAACUGAUGUUGAAGAACAACUGUGUAAUUUAUCUAAGAAACAGAAGUAUGAAUCUGAUAGUCAUAAGCCUUUUGAUUUAGCUACGUACAAAAUACAGAGUGGUAAAUUUGCCCUAAACAAAGCACCUCUAGUAAUAGAAACUGAAAUUGAAAUUGUAAAUCCUACAAAUCUAGGGUCUUCAUUACCAAAAUCUGACCUUGAUCUUGUAAGUCCAAGGUCACCAUUACCAAAAUCAAGCCUUGAUCUUGUAAGUCCAAGGUCACCAUUACCAAAAUCUGACCUUGAUCUUGUAAGUCCAAGGUCACCAUUACAAAAAUCAAACCUUUAUCUUGUAAGUCCAAGGUCACCAUUACCAAAAUCUGACAUUGACCUUGUAAGUCCAAGGUCACCCCUACCAAAAUCAAACCUUGACCUUGUUAGUCCAAGGUCCCCCUUACAAAAAUCAAACAUAGAUCUUGUAAGUCCAAGGUCACCAUUACCCAAAUCUAAUCUUGACCUUGUAAGUCCAAGGUCAUCAUUACCAAAAUCAGAACCUGACCCAGUUUAUCCAAUAUCACCAUUAAGAAAUUCUAAUAUUGAAACAGUAACUGUAAAUUCACAAAUUUGUAGUUCAAACUUACGUGAAAACAGCCCAAAACCUCUAUUACCUUGGUCAGAUGUUGAUCAAUUAAGUCCCAGGUCAUCACUUACUUCUUAUCGCUUAGAUAAUUCCUAUUUUAAGCGCCAGCAAGUACCAAGUGACACAGAACUCAGCGAUAUAGAAUUGCCAUAUAAUUACCCAGCUGCAUUUAUUGGCCAAAAUAUCCCAGUCAGUGAUACAGAAGAAACCAGGUAUAAUCCAUUGUACGAGGACAGUAACCUCAGUGAAUUUACUGACUCUGAGCCACAGGACAUUUAUAUACAAAGUCCUGUGCAAAAAACACAAAAAGGUAUUUCUGAUAAAGACCUAGAUACAUUGAGUGUUGAAUCAGAUCAAACAUGGACAAGGACAGAUAUUGACACAGUGAGUGUUAAUUCCAGGCUAAAAGUAAAAACUUUUGAUCAAAAUUUAGAAGAGGAUAUAUCAGUUCCACCUCCAUUUGAAUUUUCUGAUACCAAGAUUGAAGAACCUGAGCAAACUGAAAAUAGAUUUGUUGAGGUUAAUACAGAUACUGUGUUCCAUGCUGACACUGAAGAAAUACCAGAAUACGAGGAAGAAAUCGAUGGUGCAAAAUUGGCUUUUAACUCUGAAUUGACUGCACCUUUUGACAUUGUGCUACAGGAGCAAGGGAUUAUUGUGAAUUCUAGUCCAACAAGUAUUGAUGAAUUUGAUGAGGACAUUUUCCAGCAAGUAGACAAAGAGCCUGUGUAUGAGAACAUAAAAUCAUUUGACAGAUCCGGAUAUUUCAUUUCAAGAUUUGCUCCAUCACAUGAGAACAUAAUGGAUAAGAAUAGCGAAAGUGUCUUAAAAAGUGCAAUUGACUUUGAGUAUGACAAUCUCUCAGAGUCAAAAAAGCAACAAGGACGUCUUGAAUUAAUAGAAAACAACCAUGUUAUGGACUUUGAAGAUCCAAUGUUUGUGAAUCAUAAUAUUGUUGCUGAAAAUAUCGCCAAGGACAUAGCACAGGAGGAAAACAGAGAUGGUUACUUUGUUGAGUCAGAUGAUGAACCAGAUGCUUUCCCUGAGCAAGAUUUUCCAGAGGAAGUUCCUGACCUUCCAACUAGUCCACCACCUGGAUAUACUGAUGAAACUAACAAUGUAGUGAUAAUAAGUGUAAAUGGAGAAACUUCAGAAGAGCAAGAUGUAAAAAUAUCUCAUACUCAUCAACAAAGACAUGGAAAUACUAUUGAAGGUUUUGAUGACCGGCAACAUGAUGUUAUCAUACCUAUUAAGAUUGAAAGGAAGGUCAAAAUUCCUAUUAACUUAACUCCCCAGAAUGAGAAUAUUGGUGAUCAGGAUAGCAUCAUCCCAGAAGCUGUUCAGAGGACAUUUCAGUUUCCAACAGAAUUUAAAGAAAAUAAAGUUUCAUUAGAAGCUAACAAUAGAUUGGAUAAUUUUGACGAUUGGAUCUCUGUUACAUCUCUGAAACCAGAACCAGAGCCAGGAAAAAUGGCAAUAAGUCUUGAAAUUGAAAACAGUGAAUCUCCGCAAGAAGAAGUUGAUGAAGAAAUUAUAGAACCAGUGAAUGCAAUGAAAGACCAUGCAAAGGAUUUAGUGAAAGUUAUUAGUGUUGUGAACGCAUUAAAGAAGGCCAAUCAGGAUAAAGACCCAGAUAUAAUUGAUAAAAUUGAUAAAGACAUAAAAGAUGAAAAAACAAAGGGAUUUGCAAAUGCUGUUACAAAACUAAACAUCAGUAAGCAGUCAACAAGCAAUAAGAUGAAUGUUUAUGAGAUGUCACCACCCAAAGAAGAAAAAGUUAUAUCUAACCGAGUGGAAAUAACAGUUAAACCAAAGGAUAGUAAAGAAUCACCGCCUCCUAAAAGUGAAACACUGGAAUCUGAACGAGAAGUUCUAAAGAAGCCUAGUCCUGUUCUAAAAGCAGCUCAAGGAGAUGAGCAUGCACACAACACAAAUGUAAUGAAAACCAGUAUCACUGUUGAGAAACAAAAGGUGGAUGAAAUACCAAAGUCAGAAAUGACAACUGGUGAAUCAACACAUAAAUGGUCAGUUCCACCUCUCAACCUAGAAGCACUCAAUGGAAGUUCUAGUGACGUUGGGUCACCAAGCAGUGAUAGGUCAGUAGACAUUUCACCAAGUUCAAAAUACAAAACAACAAUUGAUGUCCCCAAAUCUCCAAAGUCUAAAGAGUUAUUGAAAGCUGUUGAAAACAACCAUGUUAGUUCUUCAAGUGAAAUAAUUGUGAACAACAAAAGUGAUGUUAAACAUGAAACAAGUAUUCCAGCCAAGGAAAAAGCAAGCUUGGCAUCAAUGCCCAGCAUCAAACCAUUGUCUCAAAUUAAACCUCUAAGUUUUAAUCCCAACACAUUGUCUCAAGGUGGUUCACGUCCAGUGCAAUACAAAACAACCAUUAGCACACUUGGUAUGAAACCAUCCUCAUUUGCAAAAAACAUGCCUGGUUCUCAAAAGCCUGACUACCCUAUUAAACGAAUGGAAACCAUGCCAUUUGAGGUGUCCAUUUUAAAAGGAAUCCUUGGGAUUGGAAUCAAGACGACCAUGACUCCUGAAGGUCACGUGAAAAUCACAGAAAUCCUGCCAAAUGGCCCUGUGGGGAGAGAAGGAAAUAUCCAGGUUGGAGACUACAUCUUAUCUAUAAACUCAACGGAGUUGACAGGUCUGACUGAUGCUAAGGUGCAGCAGAUUCUACGUCUUUUGCCAAGAGGCUUGUCGAAGAUUGUAGCUUCAGCAGUCCCACCUUCGGGGCAGCAAGAUUUACCGGAAGUUAAACACGAACCAUCUACCCUGACAGCUGCUCAUUCCCUGCCUUUGGCCACAACCAGCAUGCCCUCUACAACAGGCAAGCCAAACUUAUCACCUCGACAAGAGCAACAUGUGUUAUCACCAAGACAACCACAGUCUGCCACCAGCGAGCAAGCACCACCAUUAUCUCCUAACAAACCAAGUCCUGUACCAAGGUCAAAUGCUGCUCCAUUGCUGCCGAAAUCACAGCCACCAGUUGCAGCUCCUAGAUCACUGACAAUUUCAACUUCUCCCAGGUCACCAUUAGUUUCUCCUGUUUCUCCAAACCAACUUCCAACCAUUGCAAGUAUGCCAACAAAAUCUCUGACUGGUUCACCAUCUCUGUCACCAAUGCCGUCUCCAAGAAAGAGUGAUGUUGCACCUCCAACACUUCCUCAGGUGCCUCCACCAAUUGCACCAAAGCCUAAAAAGCCUUCACCAAGUCUACACAAAGAAGGAAUUGAAAGUGGUCCAAUAGAUGCUGAAGUUUUUGUAUCUGUAAAUGCUACAAAUGAAAUGUCUCCAAGGAGUGGUGUAAAUAUUUUGCCAGGUUCAGUGCACUAUGACACUGAAGAUACUAGGGAGAAGACUGGCUGGAUUCCAGGGGUGGUAUCAUCAGCUAGUUUACAUAAAGGUAAGGACGGUGUUGUAACAGAUGCACCUGAUAAUUGUGAAGUGCAUGUGCCUGUCACUGACAUUUUGGAUGUUGUAGACCCUGUCAUUUAUUGUGAAACAGCCAUGCCUUCAGAAGAUGUGGCGAGUAAGAAUGAGAAUGCUCUUGAGGAGUCUACAUUAGAGUUUGCAGAUAACCACUUUGAUGAUACACAGUCUAAAGAUAGGUCUCGGUCGUUCAGCACCAGUAGUAGCGAUUCAUACAAAGAUUUCAAGGAAUGUAAUGUUGAAGAUGAAGUUGUUCCUGAACAAAUAGCUGAAGAAGAUACGGAGCAUAAUAACCAUGAAGACAUAUAUGAGCCUGAUUUUGAAAUCGAAGAUACUGAUGAAACUGAUAAAAAAACUAAUGAAUUGAAAGUCAUGGCACAACAAAUUGUUGAAAAUGUAAUAUCCUCUAUAAAGAAAUCAGACCUGUUAAGCGAAAUCUCACCAAAUGAAGAAGUUGAAAACAAGUGGGAGCAACCAUGGGAUGAUAAAACUGAGUUAAUAAAUGCUGAUGUGUUGGCUGUUGAAGAUGAGAUAAUUCAGGUCAACGCAGAUGAUGUAGAGGCGCCCCCUCUGCCCCAGUCCCCACCUCCAAUACCAACAAUUGAGGUUCCUCACGUGAACACAGAACCUCAGAAAGAACUUGUUGAUCUUUCCCUUUACCCAGAUUCUGACCAAGGGGGUGAUGAUAAUUUGAGAAGAACUAUGGAAGAGGAGGUCAUUGACAGAGAGACUGUACAUGUUGUUGAGUCACAAACAUCUUCACUGUUGCAUGUCGAUUCACCUUGUGUUGUAGGCACUGAUGGUUUGUUGGUAAUGUCGGAAAAUGUUAUAAAUGAUCUUUUGCCAGAGUGUGAAGAUAAUAAUGGUGCUAAUUAUUCUUCUUCACAGACUAUUUCUACAAUAGAAUAUCCAGAAGAUGAAAGUCAAGAAACGGGUGAUCAGUCUAUCAGUAAUGUUAUUUCUUUGUAUUCUAAUCUAGAACAAUCUUUAGAGCAAGAUGAACAGUUUAAUGUAAAAACUGAAAAUAAUAAUAAUUACUAUAAAGUGCAAUUGCAAGAAGAACAAGUUGUUUAUGAUACCUUAGCUAGUGAUAAUGUUGAAGAAUUUUCCAAUACAAGUUCAAGAGAUAUAAUUACUGAUUGUGUUCAAAAUGAAAAUACUGUUACAACUGAUCAAACAGAAGAAACAGGUACUUUACUAGAUUUAGCAGUCCAACAAAGACAAGAGAAAAAUAUCAAACAGAAUUCAGAAAUUGUUGACAUUAAUGGAGACUCGGGUUCUUCUGUUGUUGACUUGAAUGAAUCAGUUGAACUGGAUAGUAUUGCAAGCAAAGACAGCGCUGAUGAAAAUGUGCUAGAUGGAACGGACUCUACUGAGACACGCAGGCUAUCAAGAGUGGACCAGUUACUCAGUGAGCAUGAGACCAAGGAGACAAAAUACAGCCCUGAACUUGACAGAAUGAUCAAAAUGAUGUCCACCACUGAGGAGCCUGAAUUUAAAGGGGAAGGUGAGCUACUCAAGGUGACUCUGAACAAAGGAGUUACUGGCCUUGGCUUCCUCAUUCAAGGGGGACGAUUUACGCCAAAGGGUGACAUGCCACUUACAAUUAAAAAGGUGUUCAAAGGUGGCCCGGCAGAUGGUAUCCUGCAGGUCCAUGACGAGAUAUGCCUGAUCAAUGGCGAGGAUAUAUCAGAUAUGCGGCACACAGAGGCCUGGAACCACCUCAAGUUCCUUCCAAGUGGGGACCUAACCCUUACCAUUCGACGUUACUCCAUUGCUGAUGAGACUGAUGUGUGAUGUUUCAUAUUCUUGACCAUUCGAUGUUAUUAGAUUGCUGAUGCGACUGAUGUGUGAUGUUUCAUAUUCUUGACCAUUCGACGUUACUCCAUUGCUGAUGCAACUGAUGUGUGAUGUUUCAUAUUCUUGACCAUUUGAGGUUAUUAGAUUGCUGAUGCGACUGAUGUGUGAUGUAACAUAGACUUGACCAUUUGUGGCUUAGUAAUGAGUGAUCUUAUGUUUCAGAUAUAUGUUAUGAUAAUAAUUUUAGCAAUCUCCACUAAUUGGUUACCAAUGUGCUUUGUCACAUACCUUUGACCCUUUGUGGUUAUGUUUAUGAUUAUACCAAUGUGUAAUAAAAGGACCUUAUCAUUUUUGCUUAGGCCAGUGAUGUGUGAAUGCUUCACCUUGACUAUUUGUUGCAAAUUUGUUGCUGAUGCUUUCCAUGAGUUAUGGCACAACCUUGACAAUUCACACGGGACAUUCUAAAAAACACCAGAUUCUUGAUGUUCACAUUGAGCAAAAUCUUUAAGAUAAUCUACGACACUGUUGUACUCAUCCAAUUACAUGUUAUUGUUGUUGAUUUAUAAAAACAUGGAAAUAUUUACCGUUUAGUUCUCUGGUGCAUUAUUUUAAAAAUAAGACAUUUUUAUUUCAAACAGUAUUCCCAGUUUGUUUAGAAAGGACUUUGUUAUGCAUAUGUGUAUUUUCAUGACUAUUAAAGGGAGACAACAUAGUGAUAAGUGGGAGAUAAUAGAAUAAGUAUUUGUAUAUAUAUUUUAUGCUGCUAGAUGUUAAACGUUUGUAACAUGUUUUGUAUCAAAAUGAUUCCAAAUCAUCAUGAAUUGUAUGUAGUAGGUUUUGUCAUUUGUUUGUAUAACUUUUGUAUUUGAUAACAAUGAAAGUGAACUUAUCAAACUGACAAAUAAGUGUAUGUGAGGAUAUGAUUAUCUUCUGUCAAAAACUUAUGUUGAUAUGUCUUAUAACAUACACUAUUAAAGGGUUCUAUUUCCAAUGCCAUAGUAAUUUAUCCGUAUAUAGAUUGAAUGAUUGAUCGGAAAUAAAGUAUUUUGAAAAUACUGGAUCUGAGACCUUGUAAAGACUUUGCGUGGUGUUUGUUUUGGUGUUUGUAGGCAACACUUCAAAAAUAAAGCAUCUAAUUGAAAUACAUGAACGUUAUUAAAAUUGUAUUUUUAAGUUUUCCAAUAAAUGCUGAGUGGCAGGCUUGUGUCAUUUUGUUUUCGAAUGUAAGCUUGUCACAAAUGUAUUUUUGUUGAAACAGAUGAAUUCUUGUAUUGUAUUAUUUGUAAAUUACAGAUAAGAACUGUUUUCAAACAUCCUGUGAUUAGUGUACAUUUGUAUCAAAAGUUUUAGCACCAACUGUUAUAUAUUAUAUUUAAGUGUGUAUGAUUAAAUUACAAAUUUCUACGGAAAACGGUUCAGUAAUUUAUGUAUGAUAUUAUAUGUAAAUGCAUUUGAUUUUGUUAUAUUUUAAGACUUAAAUAUAGUUCAAAAUGUAAAUAAUCUUUUUAAAUAUUGUUAUAGUGUGUGUGUUUUCUAUUAAUAUAUAACAUAUACUCAGAUUGUAUCAAGUGUAAUUAUUAUAACCCUAGACGACUAAACUUAUUUUGUACUUUGUGUAUUUAAUGCUUUUGUUCUGUAAUCAAAGAAUAAAACAAUGUUUUCGUUA